AAAUGUAGUUCAAGUUCAACUGAUUGUAGACGUCACCAGCACUGUACCGUCAAAACAAGACUGCAAUACCCAUAAGCUCUCCACAAGAUACGCAGGAUCGCAGCAAAUGGGAGGACCUUCUGAUGCGCGUUCAAGCGAAACAGCAGGAUGUCUGUGGACAUUUCAGGCGCACAGCUCGUCAGGGUGUGCACAGUUCUCCAGGACUGUGCAGACAAGCUUGCAGUUUUGGGAAACAUCAUGCCUGAUACCUACCAUGGUCGCCCAGAGGCUGACUCGGUGGUGGGAGCAGACAUCAGUGGAGUCAUUUCACAACAUAGAGAGGCAGAGCAGAGUUUGAAGACAGUUCGUCAAAGUCAUGCUGAGGGUGGUGCUAUAACAGAGGCUGUGCAAGAAUUGCACAAAUCACACAAAGAACUAGACCGCACCAUGGAAACAAAUCCACUGUCACCUGAUAACCUUGCUAAAGUCCAGAGGGACAGGCAGUUUUUAGCCGAGGUGAUCAUAAAUGUGUUGGCAGAGGUAAAAGAAAAAGGAACAAUUGAAAGCUUAUUAUUGGCUGUAGAAGAGGAAAAGAAGAAAAAAGCCCAUCUGUUGGAUAUCAUAAUAAGGGAGGAGGAGGGCAGACGACGAACUAAAGCCUUGCAGAGACAGCUUCAGGACAUCCGCAAGGAAAAAACACUGGAGUUGCAGAGGCGUGAGGAGAUGACGGCCCAUCUUAAGGACCAGCUGCAGGAGAUGAAGGUCAAGACAAGCUUGGAGAGGAAGUAUGUUAAAAACAGCACGGAGUUACUGGUCUAUCAAGGACAAAAACUCAACACACACCAGGAGAAAUUGAUGGAAGAUGACAUAAAGCUCCUUCAGAACAAAAUGGAGAUGGAGAGGCGUGCUCACAUGGAGAUGGAGAUCUUCCUUAAAGAAAACCUGUCUAGGCUGGGAGAAAAGUUAGAGUACUGGAUGGAACGGUAUGAAAAAGACAUGGAGGACAAGCAACAGGAACUCAACACUCUAAAGAAUGCAAAAUACAGCAACCUUGCUCAGUUGCAGGAUCUGGCGAAGAAGUAUCGGGAGAGUGAGCAGGUGGUCAUUGAGAACAGGAUUGAGAAGGAGAACCUCCGUAAGAUGCUGGAGAAACAACAGAUGGAACGUCUCGCGGCAACCAAGAUCCAGUCGUGGUGGAGAGGCACAAUGGUGCGCAGAGGACUGGGCCAGUACAAGAAGGGGAAGAAGGGCAAAGAUGCCAAGAAGGGCAAGAAGAAAAAGAAGUAGAAGACAUCAAGGAAAAAAGAAACAAAGAUUCUGACUGCCAAUUAUCAAAUAUUUUAUUUGGAAA